CACCUCCUCCCAGCCCCUGCCAUGUACAGCCUACUGGACAGUGAGAUGAAAAGCCCCGUAGUACAAGGGGCUCCGGCGGGAGCGGGCAGCACCGCUACCCCCGGGGGCACCGGCAAGAGCGCUGGGAACGCGGGAGGCGGGGGAGGCGGCGCCGGCAGCGGCGGCGGCGGGAGCGGCGGCGGCAGCAGCAGCGACCAAGACCGAGUAAAGCGCCCCAUGAACGCCUUCAUGGUGUGGUCUCGGGGUCAGAGGCGCAAGAUGGCCCUGGAGAAUCCCAAGAUGCACAACUCCGAGAUCAGCAAGCGGCUGGGCGCCGACUGGAAGCUGCUGACAGACGCCGAGAAGCGGCCCUUCAUCGAUGAGGCCAAGAGACUCCGCGCCGUGCACAUGAAAGAGUACCCAGACUACAAGUACCGGCCCCGUCGGAAGACCAAGACGCUGCUGAAGAAGGAUAAGUACUCCCUGCCCAGCAACCUGCUACCUCCCGGGACGGCGGCCGUCAACAGCCCCGUCGGGGUGGGCCAGAGGCUGGACACGUACGCGCACAUGAACGGCUGGGCGAACGGGGCGUACUCGCUGAUGCCGGAGCAGCUAAGCUACACUCAGCACCCGGGCAUGAACAGCCCCCAGCUGCAGCAGAUGCACCGCUACGACAUGGCCGGCCUGCAGUACAGCCCCAUGAUG